GCAUACCAGGAGAGAGGCCAGAGGCGACGAGAAUAGUCGUCGAGUAGACACGUGAGCGGACUGUUCCCAUACCGCCAUCACUAUUGUUGUUAUUAUUAUCGACAUCAUCAACAUCAUCAUCAUCAUCAUCAUCAUCAUCAUCAUCAUCCAUGGCUGGUCCUGAGAUGGCUUGGCCUAUAGGACCUGGCUCAGGUGGCUCACGUGGCUCACGUGGCGGGUCUCCACUGUCGGCCCCCAUGCGCCAUGAGGUGCGAUCUUCGGGUUUGACGGCCCGCCUCUCUAACUACAUCCGGCAAUCGCAAACGGAGCGAGAGCGUCGCACGAGUAACCCGCGCUAUCAGGGUCUGGGCGUGUUGCCUCAAGUGCAUUUGCGGACGUCGUCCUUGCCGCGCCUGUCUGUGCGCAACACCACUCGCCUCUUGAGCUCGCCCAGCUCGACGUGUGUCCGCGUGGCCUCGGCCGCUUUGACCAGUCCCGCCUUCUCGCCGUUUCGGAAUUCCGGACUAGUCGGUGGCUCGGGUGGCCCUGCUGCGGAUGGCGUGGAUGCCAUGGAUGCCACCAUGGAUGGCCAGGCCCCCGGCAGCUCGUCUGAUCGUGACGUGAUCCAUGCCCGAUCGGGUCUAAUGAGCACGCUCCGGGCCAUGUCGCAGAGCGCGGGUCGCAAACGAGCUCGCAUGACUGGAUCAGGCCCCCCGAUCCCUCCUUGUUCGGGCUCCCAGACCUUGGCCAACGCCCGAAUUUCCCGCUUUGACAUGGAGCGCGAGCGAAGCGAUCAGCGAAGCGAUCAGCGAGGCCAAGAGCGCUUAGGCGCUGAAGAAGACGAUCAUGGCGAAGAAGAUGAAGACGACGAGGACGACGACGAGGACGAAGAAGACGAGGAAGAGGACGAAGAGGAUGAGGAAGAAGACGAGGAGGAGGAGGAUCAUGAAGAAGAUGACCGGGCUGAAGAUCAUGAUGUGGAAGACGAAUCUGUAUCCAAACGUGCUCGUCGUGAUAGCUCAUCGAGUGUGGGGUCCUCCCUGAGCAUGGAAAUGCCGCCUCUUUUCUCAAAUGGCGUGAUUGGUCAAACCACGUCGCACUUAGUAAAUCGCGAGACGGAUUUAUCUCUUAACUCGCUUCUCAGUCGUAGUCAAGCCCUGUACCAUGUCAAUAGCAGUGCUCCAGGGACUAUGACAACGAGCACUCUCGCCACGGCCAUCUCAACCGUUAAUACAACGGCAUCUUCCAAAGUCACGUUUCCGUCCGUCAACGUGGGUUCGUCAGCCGCCGCCGUUCUGGCCUCGCAAUCCUCGAGUAGCCCCGCCAUGGCCGCUAAGGUGUACCGAAGUAAAGUCAAUGAAAUCAAUAGCUCCCUCAGCUCGUCGUCACGGGCCGGAAAAAGGCCAAGGCAGAAAUGGUCCUCCUCUGAAUCGGAAAACGGCGACCCAUCCUUCUUUGAAGAUGCUGAAUUCUUGCGAGAGGCCAAACGAAGACAUAUAUUCAUUGCACCUGACAAGAUCAAGGCCAUGACGAAAACCAAAAAGAACAAUAGCAACGAAGCCAAGUUCAAAGACAACGCUGAAUCCGAAAGAAGAGGAAUGGUAUUUGCUUUGCCCAACGUAACUCACAUUGUGUCUUCGAACUUGCUUGCUACGCCUGGCAACUCGGGACCCAAACCUACCAUAUCCAGUGUAGAAGCCUACGAGGCGGAUCAAAGGCGGGGUGUAGCCAGGGCCAAAAACCUUUUGUCUGCUUUUGAAGACGAGGAUCACUUAGACACCCCUGCCACCGUUGUGGCUUUUGUCCCCACUCCCAACGUGGAAGUCUCAAGUAAUGCUACUGUAGACUCCCAAAAGCAGUCGCCAACCCAAGAUACCCCAGAUGACCACCAUCUUGGCAAAGAAUUGCAAAAACCACAAGUAAUAGAGCCAUCAACGUCAUCCGAAUCUUUGCCGCAGAAAAGUACUUCUCUCCUAUCAAAUGCACCUUCAGAACCUUCUCUGCCAAGUGGUAAUGCCUUGAAAAAACAAGUACCGCCUUCCCCGCCCAAGGACUCUCCAUCUCUUCCGUUCAUAUCAAGUAAUUGCACGCUAUCCGGCUCAACUGAAAAGGUAUCAGAUUCCAAGUCAAAUGAUGCCAACACAACGUCUAGCAUUACAACGUCCCCACCCAAUCACUCAACUAAAGCCAUCCUCUCUUCUUCAAUGUGUCCAUCGACAUCUUCCGGCAGUCCAAGCGUAACCCAUACAUCUACAGCCUUGACUUCUGGAUCCCAGUUAUUGUCAGGAAGUUCCACGAGCGUGCAGAAUUCCAAUGGCAAAGUGAGUGAUCCCAAAACUAACCUACCUAAAGUAAAUGAAACGGGACUGACAGUUUCUAAGCCAGGCACUCAGGUAAGCUCUUCAUCCGUUGAUGGGUUUACAUUUGGAAACCCCCUUUUAAAGAAGCCUGAAACUGGUGCUACACUGUUUGGAAAUUCUGACUUGAAGGCAUCCUUGAGCGGAUCAAAUACUACGUCAAGAACACAGCCACUAACGGGAAUGACGAGCUUUUCUUUUGGUUUAGCAUCAAAAUCGCCAAUAGCUAAAGUUGCUACAAGAACUGAAGAGCCGACAACGCUGCCGUCACUUUUUCAACUUGGCUCACCCUCCACUUCAAUAUCUGAUUCAUCCAAAUCCAGUUUCGUUCCAAAUGUAUCAUCAAAGUCUAAUACGACUCAACCCCCUUCCUUUGCAUUUGUUGGCGCCUCUGGAUUUGGCGCUCAAUCUACGCAAAGCCUUCCUCCCACAGGGUCAGCGUCAGAAACGUCAGCAGCAUCUGCGAGAGCACCUGUUAGCGCCCCGUUUCAAUUUGGCACGCAGCCUGGACAGCCUUCUUUUUCAGCGGCUCUAACUCCAACAACUUCAAAAACGCCUUCUGCAUUCGCAUUCGGUGGCUCUAAGAUUGACCCCGGAAUUGCCCACACCACAUCCACGGCAAGCAGCUCUCUUUUUACAUUUGGGGUGGCAACAUCAACUGAUGUGAGUACAAAAAAGCUGGGUACUUUUUCAUCUUCUGAAAUCCCCGAACAAGGAGGAAAAGCAAGCCCUUUUGGCGAUGGAUCGAAAUUUGCCUUUGGAGCUGGAGCACCCAAGGCUGACCAACCCAGCUCUGUAUUUGGAAAACCGAAUAGCGACGGAGGUCAAGGUUCCAGUUUGUUUGGAUUUGGCAAAACCAAGUCAUCCGAAGCCAAAACCACUUCCGCCAAUAAGGAGUUCUCUUUCGGCAUCUCAACUGACCUCCCGAAGCCUCCUAACGAUUUUUCAAAGCCCUUAACUAACACGGCGUUUCGUUUUGGUUCCUCAAAUAACAUCCCAUCGACAACUGAAAAACCUUCUGCCUCUUCGAGUAACACUCCGUUGUUUCAAUUUGGAUCGGCUCCUAAACAACCUUCUGCGGGCGCAAGGGAUAGUGGCAGUAGUGGAACAUCCGGUGUUUUUCAGUUUGGUUCCACCAAUAAUGGUCCUAUGACGAAAGCAUCAAGCAUGCCAACCAACGCCAUGUCCUUUGGAUCCAAUGACCAAAACAUCAAGCCUUCCAACAGCGCUUUCGCAUUUGGAAUGAAUUCGAGCAAGCAACCAUUGACUAACACUUUUUCUAGUGGACCUUCCGGCAAUGAUCAAUCAAGAAGUUCGGCCUUUAACUUUGGCACCUCCGGGUCUUCCACAGGAGAUGGUGUUAUGAAAUUUGGCACGUCAUCGGCCAAUCUCUCAGUACCAUCAAAUUCGUUGACGUCUUUGACGUCGACUAUGGCCAACAAACCGCUUGGACCACCACCCUCUUUCGGAAGCCCCAAAACUGUGAAUUUCUCGUUUGGAUUGAAUGCACCCCAAAACCAAAGCGCCGCUACAAACUUGACCAACGGUCCCGUUGGAGGUGGAUUGUUUCAAUUCGGGCAAUCGGCUAAUUCAUCAACUUCCUCGGGAAUCGGGGGGGGAUUUAAUUUUGGUGGAGCUCCAAGUGGACAUUCGUCAGGAGGGCCGGCAGUGGUGAAUCCCACCUUUGGGGCACCUUCAGCGUCCUUUCCGGCCGCUCAAAACCCUCCUAGUUUUGGGGCUUCUUCCUUUUCAGGGAUUGGUAGUAGUGCUGCCCCAGGUGUGCUUCCACCUGGACCAACAUUUGGAUCGCCGAUCCCAAGUGGAACCAACAACCAAAUGUUCAGUAUUGGAGCAGGUCAAUCUUCAAACAUGGCUGGAGGGCGACAAAUUGCCAGAGCCAGGCGUCGAAGGAAGUGAUUUCAAAGAGGUCUUUCUGUAUAGUUUCAGAAUCCUUAAAUCGACGAGACUUUAUUGAAGUUUCAUGUUCGAAAUGUUUUAACAAAGAAAGUAUAAUGAAAGUUUCGU